AUCAAUAUCAUGAAAAACAUUAAAAUAACAUUAUUUUUUUUCCUUUUCUGGCAUUGUGUCACAAAUUCACAAUCAAAACAAAAAAAAGAUUGAAAAACUUGUACAGUCCUAAGCCAAAAAAAAAAGAAUUGUUUAUUUUCUUCUUCAUGACGAUGGAAUCAAUGCAUUUGUUUCCUCUAUUUGUUUCUUCUCUUUUAAAAAUCCCCUUUUUUUUCAUAUUCCAUUUUGCUACAGUGUGUAAUUUGUUGUGAAAAUGGUGAAUCAAUCGGAUCCGGGUCGGGUUCGGGUUUCGAGUUUGAGCAUUAGUGAUCUGUGUUUGAAUUCGAUCGGGUUUAAUGGUAGUGAUGGUGGGUUGUUUCUAGAAGAUUCGGGUCCGAGAUCAUUUGUGUCGUUGAUCGGGAACCAGGGAUUGUGUUAUUCGGAGAGUCGACGGAGAAGGAUUGGAUUCGAGGUUCGUGGCGGUACCGGCGGACGGUUUUUGUCGGUGACGGCGUCGAUUAACGGCGGAGGAAAUGAAGGAUUUGAGGAGGGUUCCGGUGAAACGGCGGCGGAGAGUGAAAUGCAAGUGUGUCGGCGGAGAGUUGAAAAGGUGGAGGAGGAGGAGGAGAAGAAGGUGCUAAGCGGUGGAGGAGCUGCUUUGAAUACUACUAAACAUCUAUGGGCUGGAGCUGUUGCUGCAGCUGUCUCAAGAACUUUUGUUGCUCCUCUUGAGAGAUUAAAGCUGGAGUAUAUAGUGCGUGGUGAGCAAAGGCAUCUUUUGGAGCUCAUCAAGACUAUUGCAGCCAAUCAAGGCAUCAAGGGAUUUUGGAAAGGGAAUUUUGUCAAUAUUCUACGGACAGCACCAUUUAAGGCUAUCAACUUCUAUUCGUAUGAAAAAUACAGGGAUCAUCUGCUUAAAUUAACUGGUAAUGAGGAGGCAACUAAUCUUGAAAGAUUUGUUGCUGGUGCUGCUGCAGGAAUUACUGCCACUGUGCUCUGCAUACCUAUGGACACUAUUAGGACAGUAAUGGUAGCACCUGGGGGAGAAGCAUUGGGAGGCUUAAUUGGUACUUUUGGCCACAUGAUUCGCACUGAAGGAUUCUUCUCUCUUUACAAGGGCCUUGUUCCUUCCAUCAUAAGCAUGGCACCUUCAGGCGCAGUUUUUUAUGGAGUUUAUGAUAUACUAAAAUCAGCUUAUUUGCAUUCACCAGAAGGGAGGAAAAGACUACAAAAUAUGAAACAAGGUGAAGAUCUAAAUGCAUUAGAUCAACUGGAGUUGGGUACAGUAAGAACUUUGAUAUAUGGAGCAAUUGCUGGUGCUUGUGCUGAAGCCGCUACAUACCCAUUUGAAGUUGUGAGAAGACAGCUUCAGAUGCAGGUACGGGCCACAAAAAUGAGUGCAUUAGCAACUAGCUUGAAGAUCGUCGAUCAAGGUGGUAUUCCUGCUCUCUAUGCAGGAUUGACACCCAGCUUAUUACAGGUUUUGCCAUCAGCUGCAAUCAGUUAUUUCGUUUAUGAGUUCAUGAAGAUUGUUCUGAAAGUAGAAUAAAUACGUGAUACAGUUACCCCAAUCCAUUCAUGCCGAGGAGUGCUAUAAGUUGACGCUGACAAAAAGUGUUGUACGAGUUAAUCUCAAGGGAGUUUCUGGCCUUGUUGUAUUGUGUGGCCUGAACCCAGUGGUGGAAAUAAUGCAUCUCAUUUAGAAGGUAUAGUUAUGGGCUAUGUAUCUGUAUCUUAAAAAGGAGGAGAAAUAUUGAAGCUUUUGUAUUUUUCUCCAUUUAGUUCUGAUGAAUUGUGGAGCAAGUUUUUUCUAUAGUUCAAGGCAGAUUUUUGGUGGGUGCGUAUCA